ACAGGUGGCUAUUUGUGUUUCCCGCAGCAGCAGCAAAGUUCGUUCUGAAUGAAUUAGGAUAGCCUAUACUUUACAAAAUAACAUCGAUGAACAAUAUGUACAAUCAGUAUAAAAAUACAUCGAAUUUGUUUACUCGACAGGUGUACGCCGCCAUCAUCUCACACACUCACGUGCGGGAUUAACUCACAUUCUUAAAACACGUAGGUGUUGAAUAAACAACGCAACAUAACGUUAAUAUUCCAAUAAGACUACAUUAUGUUCUUGAUUUCCUGUAUAUAGCUUUGGCAUGUAAACCAUAGCGUGAUACUGAAUGUGAGUAUAGAGAAGCGUUUGAGACAUCCAUUAUUGAACAGUAGGGAUUGGACACCAUUUAGCAAAAGCUAACGAUAGCACGAACACGGAAAAGAAGUGCUGGGUGAAACGGAGUUGUUCAUGCCUCUGCUGAUCAUGAAUAGGCAAGGUUACAGUGGGGAAAAUGUUUCACCAAGGAACAUUUCCAUUGGAAUAUCAGGAAUUGGAAGUCCGACUAACGGUCUAUCAGAGGAGGAUGAGUUUGAUUUAAAGAUGGAGCUGGCAAAGACGGAGGAUGAAAUACAGACUUUGCGGCAGGUACUCUUGGCCAAAGAGAAAUAUGCAAUGGACAUCAGGAGGCAGCUGGGUACUGGCCCCUUCAGUGAGAUUAAACAAAACCUGUCCAAAGGCUGGCAGGAAGUCCAGACCUCCAAUGCAUAUCUGACAGCCUCAGCUACUCUGGAAGACAUCAGCCAAUCUAACGUGUAUAAGAGGACCCAGGAGAGUAUCUCUAAUGCAGGACAGAUGACCAGUGCUGCCCUGUCCACAGUGGGUGUGGCCAUUACAAGGAGACUUGGAGACAUGAGGGUGAGGACUAUUAGGCCAUGGUCGGCGGAGAAGGUGGAUUAUCCCAGGACGCGAAGGCGAAGGGGAGGAACUAGGACAUUCAUGGAGUGGGGUCCACGUCCCGAGCCAGAACCGCCACCAUGGACAGACGCCCACCCGGACCCUCCCUAUGCUCUUGAGGGCACUGCCUUUGCCAAGCCCACCUCGCCCCUCCUUGGGCCACUCCAUCAGUGUCCCUGCUAUGUCAAUGAGGCUAAUUGCGAACAGUGCUUGGGGAGGAAGAGUCUGGUGAACGACAUUAGAAUGACAUUAAUGCUGCAAACAUUCCAAUACAUUCAAGUCCUUUUGAAGACAUGGUGUGAAGCGUGAAGAACAAGGUGUCCAGGAUUCUAGGGAUUGACGGAGAUAACUCUGGGUCUGAAAGAAGCCCAUCUCAGAACAGUGGUUCCCUCCAACAUAAUCUAUUUUCUCUCAACCAUCUGUAAUCUCACUACUCCCUUCAUUACUUUAACCUGAUGUCAUGGUCCACACUACCCCUUCAAAGAGUAAACAUUAUGCAGGAGGUUGAUAACUUGGGUAUGGCUUUGACAGUGUUGGUUCCAAACUUUCAUUCAUUCUAAAUAUGAAGUAGUAUUUCCAAUAUGUAGUUAUGUAUAUUGUCCAACUGUUUGAAGGAAAAUGUCAUUGUCAUAUUCUACUAUUGCAUUAUAAGCACAUAACAAUCACAAAUGUACAGUAAUGUAUUUUUGUACUUUAAGAUAAUUUACAAUUAAAACAAAAGUGGUCUGUUCUGAUUUUGGAUACUAUAACUUUCUGGAAAAAUAAAGAGAGAAAUAAAAGUGAGUAUUGUUGUUACAGUU